AUGGCUGCGACAGGACCAAGUAUGGUCAGCAGUGCAUUGGAAAUUGUACAUUGUAAUGAGUGUGCCACAAAAUUUAAUGAGAGAAAUCCCGGAAUACUGGUGUCAUGUGGUCAUAAUGUAUGCAAAGAAUGUGCACCCAACUUGUCUGGAAAAUAUUAUUUUUGCAUGGUUUGUAAAAAGUCACAGCCACAGAUCCAGGAAGGGUCAAGUUUUCUUCAAUUACUAGUUGAAAAAAUGGAAAAGGAUUUGGAAUCGACUUGUAAAGAAGAACCAAAAAGAUCUGCAUGUUCUGAGUGUCGGAUGGUUGACUUUGACACGAAUCUGACAAUUUGCCACGAGUGCAGCAAAUGGGAAGUUGGUGAUUCGCAUGAAGAACAUACCGAUUACGCCAAACGUCCUAUCAGAUGGUUGAUGUGUUUCCCAUGUGCAGAGAAAAAUCAUUCCGGUCAUCCUGUUAUGACAGAAGAAACGGUUAAAAAAAUGUUACAUACUUCGGAAUCGACAAAACGGAUCACACACUUUAAACAUGGAACAGAAAAAUUACUGAACUGGUUUUCAUUGGCGGAGAACAUUGUAUCUGAAAAUAAAGUUUCAACGAAUCAGAUUUUCCAAGAGCUAAUGAGAAAAGUGAACAAUGGAGAAUAUUCAGUGGGAUCGGGAUAUCCACAUAUCAUCAAAGCACUGGACAACUUUAAUCAUUCAUUCAACGAAGAUCAAUUGGCGAUGAGAAAUAUUUUUGCCAACUUUGGAAUCCGAAAGAAUUAUAUGCAAUGUCUUCUGAAGUUUGUGGACAAAACAAAAGAUGAUACUGGAACUUUUAAUCGUGUCGAAGUUUCGAGUAAAGAGAGACUCACGGAUACCAGUUCGAUAAUUCUGAAGCAUGUCACAGAAUUGGCGGAACUUUUGGAGGAACGAGAACAUUCGGGUGAUCUCGAGCAGUCAGGAGACGACGAAAACGCUGUAUUAGAAGAUGCUGAUAAUCAAGAUAAUAUGUCAAAUGUUGGUCGGAAAACUCCUCAGCCAAAUCGAAAAAGCACCAGAAGGACAGCAGCAUCAUAUGCAUCAGCUGAUGAAAGCACACCAUCUAGGAAAAAGAGAAAAGAAAGCACAGAAAAAACGCCAAGAAGCACCCGGAAGAAGGUGAAUAAGAAGGAAGCAAGUGAAGUUCAGCCUCAAGAACCGAGUCGCAGUGAUUCAGCCAAUACAAAUACGAUGACUCCACCAACGAUACGAACUGAUAUCACACCACCUCUACCAACAAAUUCCCUUAAUCCUUAUACAUCUCCACUGGCUGCUCCUUCAAUGAUUCCUCAGAAUCUUUCUGUAUCUUCAAGUAGUGGAUCAGUGACGCCUCUUCUUCCAAUUUCAUUUGAACCUGUUAUGUCUCCCCAUAAUAGUCAACAACAUCAACAUGAAGCAACGUAUGAUCAGUCACACACCGAUUAUCAGAAUCACUAUUCUGGAUACGCGAACAUUUAUGACGGAAGACCCCUUUCCGCUCAAUGGGAUCAUUCCAGGCAGCUUUACGAAUCAACAUCUGCCGCUUCUGAAUAUUCCGCUCUUCAUAACAAUCAACAGCAAACGGUCUACAACGGUUCGUCUUUGAUCUAA